AUGGGUAACCUUGCUUCUCUCCUCCUGCAGCAAUCGGCUCACCAGGCGGGGCUCCGGAGCUUCAUCCGCUACGGCUGGCGCUGGAGCUGGAGGGUAGCUGCUUUUGUGGCAAUAUUCAACACGGUGAGCACUGGCCUGUCUGUGUACCGCAAUAAAACCGCCGUCAGUAACUUUGCAGCAGCAGGAGCCUUCACAGGAGGCCUCUUCAGGAUGCACCUGGGUCUGCAGGGGCUGGUCGGCGGCAGCGUCUUCGGAGUAGCCUUCGGAAUCCCUGCAGGAGGCCUCUUAAUGGUGAUGCAGAGCUUUGCUGGUGAGACCUUGCAGGAGAGGAGGGAUCGUGAGCGGAGGGAGCUGUAUGAGCAGAAGUUGGCAGAGUGGCAAUCCAGGCUCAGUGUAACUGAAGUCUUGGGCCAAACAGAAAGCAACGCUAAGGGAGAACCACAGAUAGAAGAGACGGCAGGAGAAUCCAGGAGCAACUAAAUCUUCCCCUGGAUCUCUGUUGCAAGCAGCUGUGAAGUAUUUCGAUUCUGCCCAUUAAAAACUCUUCAGUCAAGAGGUGAAGGAAGUAUUCUGUCCAAAAGAGAAAUUGGAUGACGGCAAUGUUCAUGGAYGUGCAUCACAACACAAGUGCUUGUAAGGGGCCAACCUCUUCCACUCCAGAAGGUGGAAAUGCAGCAUCUGCAGAGCAGCAGUGUCGGUAGGUUUGGUGGGGGCUGAGAGUAGCUCCAGUAUCUCUGGUGAAACACAGCCCACUGCCAGGAAUGCCCAGGUCACCUGCUCCCAAAAGCCUAGUCRAGGCAAAGGAGGUUAUUACUAGUUUGGCUGCUAAAGACACCCUGGUUCUGAAGGCUGAUUUCAUUCUGAGAAAAGCUGCUCUUCAGAUGGCAGCAGGAGGCUUUGCUGUGUGAGCACCACGUGGGCAGCAGAAACACGAGCCCUGUGUCGCCUCCCAUCAUCCCCGUCCGUAGUGUCACUUGCCUGGGUGGGACCAGCUCUGUUUCGCUGCUUGUGGUUUCUUCAGGCUUUUGUUUUUUUCUGGAAAGAAAAACAGUUCCUAGGGUAAAUAGGGUAUUUUGCAAUCAAUAUUGAGGAAGAAUAGAGGAGCUGGACAUGAUAUGGAAAUACCCUGAAAAGGACAUAUUUUGGCUUCCUUUGUAGAAGGGCAGCUGAGGAGACCACAGCAAGGAUGGCAUGUUCUGGUGGUGGUGGUGGAAGGAUGGAUACUUGGGCAGUUCUAGUAACAUAAAAAGUCCUCUAAUUUCAUUUGAAGGUGAGAGAUUAGGGGCCUAUCUCUGGGAAAACGUGUUUCAAGACACCCAAUAAAGCUAUCUAGCAGCAGUCAAUGUCUCCAUGAUAUCCUUAUGCUUAGUUUGUGUGGUGUUUGCAUUACAGAAAGGUACCCGAGUGACAUCUCAUGAGAAGAGCCAUCCCUGAGGUCUCACCAUGGAGCAGCUAGGUGUGAUGGCAGCGUUAGACUCUCCUUUACCUAGACAGUAACAAGGACCAGAGCCAGGAGAGAGGGCCCACUCUAUUUAUAUUGGGCUUAUGUGACUUACUGGUAAGUCACAGUAGUCUGCCAUAAGCAGGGCUGAACUUUAGUUCAUAAUGAACUGUACCUAGAAGGGCCAGGUGACCUGUCACCGUUUUCUUCAGAUCAGGUCAGAGUUCUGGUCCUGUUUGUUUCCUCAUUUUAGCRUCUUAAAGAGAAUUGUAUCUAGGCAGGAGACUGUGGUCUCCAUCACAGAAGUAAAGAGUAACUACUCUGUUCUGUUUGAAUGCUGUUC